AUGAGUAGACGUGGAGUAUUUCCUCUUUUUAUAGCCAUAGGAUUCGGAGUCAUAAAUGGAAUAUGGGCUUUUGGACCAGCACUCAAGGAGGGGCAAUCGCAGGCACAUGAUAUCAGCAAAUCACUUUUCCCAAUCGCUCCAUCUAAAGACGUCAACAGCAAGACAACAUCACACUCGGAUUUACAACACGAACCUAAACACCAAGAUGAUGAACCUUCCAAAAUAUGGCACAAGACGCUCCAGUCGACUAAUGAUCAGCAUGACAAAAAACUGAUAUCUCUGAAAGAGAAUUAUGUGGUGAAAUCAAAUAACAAAUGA